AUGAGUUCUACCCUUCAAUCAUAUUUGGACGCUGUUCGUAAGUCGCUUGAGGCUGCUCUGUGUAUUAGGCAAUUUGGAUCUCAAGUUGUUGAGAGGCAUAAUAAACCUGAGGUUGAAAUUCGCACAAGUAAAGAAGUCUUGCUUUGUCCUAUAACAAUUUCUCGUAAUAAACAAGAAAGAGUAUUCAUCGAGCCUUCAAUAAAUUCUGUUAGAAUAAGUAUUGGAGUUAAACAAGCAGACGAAAUUGAAAAAAUUCUUUGUAAUAAAUUCUCAAAGUUCAUGUGCCAACGUGCGGACAAUUUUAUCAUUUUGAGGCGAAAACCACUUCCUGGAUAUGAUAUUAGUUUUUUAAUUACAGCUACACAUUCUGAAGUUAUGUAUAAACAAAAAUUGAUUGAUUUUUUGAUCCAUUUUAUGCAGGAAAUUGAUAAGGAAAUUAGCGAAAUGAAAUUGGCUUUGAAUGCGAGGGCACGAACUUCUGCUGAAGAAUUUUUGAAGAGAUUUAAUUGAGUG